AUGACGGCCGUCGCAGUUGAUCGAAGUAUAAUAAUCGCUUCUAUUGCACUUCUUCUUGAUGAAGAAGAAACAAAAAAGAAACAAUCAAAACGAUCUAUUUGGACAAGGCCAUGGUUACAACGGAGGAAGGUCGAUGGAGCCUUUCACACCUUGUUCAAAGAAUUAAAGGAAGAAGAUCUAGAAGGAUUCAAAGGAUAUGUAAGGAUGGACGUUGGCCAUUUUGAUGAACUGGUCCAUCUACUUGCUCCAGUUUUGCAUAAGCAAGAUACCAACAUGAGAGAAUGCAUAAAACCAGAGGAAAUGUGCUGUAUCACAUUAAGAUAUCUUGCAAGCGGUGAAUCAUUCAGAUCUUUAGAGUAUCAAUUCCGGAUCAGUAAGAAAGCAAUAUCUUAUAUAGUUCAGGAAGUGUGUAGUGCUAUCGCUGAAGCUUUGGGAAAAAAUAACUUUAAAACACCGGAAACAACAGAAGAAUGGAUGGAAAUUGCAAAAAAGUUUUAUCAUCGAUGGAAUUUUCCAAAUGGAUUAGGUGGUGUCGACGGAAAACACAUUGCUAUACAGCAACCAAAAAACUCUGGCUCGCAUUAUAGAAAUUACAAAGGGAGUGAUAGUAUAAUUUUGAUGGGAAUGAUUGGACCAGAAUACGAAUUCCUUUUCGCUGAUGUAGGGAUGAAUGGCAGAAAUUCAGAUGGCGGGAAUUGGUCCCAAAGUUCCUUGAAACUUGCCCUAGAGUCCGGCGCACUUAAUUUGCCAGAACCAUCAGCACUUCCUGGUCGUCUUAGAAAAGUAUCAUAUGUAUGUACAGGUGACGAUGCUUUUCCCCUCUCUACUUUUAUGAUGAAACCAUACCCUCAGAAAGGUUUGACCUCCGAAAAACGUGUGUUCAAUUACCGACUUUCCAGGAUGCGACGCAUUUCUGAAAAUGGAUUUGGUAUUUUAGCCAAUCGUUGGAGAGUGAUUAGACGCCCAUUCUCACUGGAACCAGAAAAGGUUAAAACCAUCGCAAUUGCUGCCAUAACGCUUCAUAAUUGGCUACGAAAGGAUUCCACCUACGGAAAAGUGUAUAUUCCUAAGGAUUUGGUUGACAGUGAAGAUGUGACAACGGGAGAAAUAAUAGAGGGAUCUUGGCGAAGAGACCCACCAACUGAAUCAUGGAAUUCUUUGUCAUUAAAUAAAGCUAGUAACGCUACUCACGAGGCGAAAGCAAUCAGAGAGGAAUUUAAUGCAUAUUUCUACAAUGAGGGAUGUGUUCCGUGGCAGUGGCGUUGUGCGAGACUUGAUGUCUAA